AUGGAAAAAAUUAAAGAGCAAAAUUACUAUAAGCAUGGGUUCGAGAAAAGCGUUUCAGAUACUCAUAAUUGGCGGAAUGUCGAUAAUUCAGUAAAGUUUAUUGUUCCAUAUUUAAAGCAAGAUUUUAAGGUACUUGAUGUAGGGUCAGGACCUGGCACAAUAACAAUAGACAUGGGAAAAUACAUAUCAAAGGGAUCAGUUAUUGGCGUGGAGCCCAUAGAGGAAUUAAUAAAGGAGGCCAAAGAUAAUCAAACUAAAAGUGGAGUAUCAAAUGUUGCAUUUCAAGCAGGAUCGAUCUAUCACCUUCCAUUUGAAGACAAUACCUUCGACCUAGUAUUUUGCCAUCAAGUUUUGAUUCAUUUGCAAGACCCUCUUGCGGGGCUUAAAGAGAUGAAAAGAGUGGCUAAGCCUGGAGGAUUCGUAUGCGCCAGGGAAGGUGAUCUCCUAGCAUCAGUGGUAUAUCCUCCACAUUACGAGGAUACACUCAAGCAAUAUUUUAUGCAAAGUGUAAGGCUCUUGGGCAGUAAUGCGACUCAAGGCAGGGCUCUCAAAUCGUUGGCCAUAGAUGCUGGUUUUCAUCUGUCAAGUAUUUCUAGUGGCAGCUCCAAUUGGUGUAUCGCGGAUGAUAGCAGUCGCUUGUUAUGGGGUACAUCAUUUAUCAAUCGCAUUCAAAAAUCCUCUCAGAGGGUUGAUGAGGACGAUCAAAAGGACGAGAAAAUGAAGAAGGAGAUCAUACUGGAUUGGAAAAAUUUCAUCGAAGAUGAGAGAGCUUGGCUUAUGUUCCCUAGUGGCGAAAUCGUAUGUAAAAAGUAG